AAAUGAGAGGCAUAUUAAAGUGGAUUGAUAAGGUUGAAUUUCCCAAUAUAAAGGAUGAUGAUAUCAGCAUACGUUGCGUUUGCUAUAGCCCAGAUGGUUCACAAUUAAUUGUAGCUGCCAGGGAGAGAGUUUUAGUAUACGAUCCUCGAGAUGGUACAUUGCUGAAUACCCUUAAAGCUCACAAGGAUGUGGUUAAUUGUGUGGCCUAUGCCAGAGAUGGUAAAAAAUUUGCCAGUGGUGCUGCUGAUAAAACGGUAAUUCUUUGGUCACCAGAACUUGAGGGUCUACUAAAAUAUUCGCAUGGCGACUCUGUACAAUGUAUGUCCUUCAAUCCGGUUUCUCAUCACCUAGCAUCCUGCUCAACAUCGGAUUUUGCAUUUUGGUCAUCCGACCAGAAGGCUGUACAAAAAUAUAAAAUACAUUCUCGUGUCAAUGCCUGUUGCUGGACCAACGAUGGCCAAUAUUUGAUAAUGGGUUUAUCAAAUGGUUCCAUAACCAUACGUAAUAAAUCUGGCGAGGAGAAAGGUCGCAUUGAUCGUCCUGGUGGUUCAGCAAGUGCUGUCUAUGGUGUAAAAUGUUGCCCGGCCACAGCAGAACCCAACACAGAUAUAAUUGCUGUUGUCGAUUGGAGUCAAACAUUAUCAUUUCACACCUUGAGUGGACAAAUGGUGGGAAAAGAACGUGUCAUUGGUUUUGAUGCAUUAUGCCUGACCUAUUUACCAAAUGGAGAAUAUUGCCUAAUAUCGGGUUGUACCGAAUAUGUACAUUGUUACACCAGAGAAGGUGUACGUUUGGGUACAUUGGGCGAUUCAUUGGACUCAUCAUGGAUAUGGUCGGUGGAUGUCCAUCCCAAUGGACAGUCAUACACUAUAGGUUGUAAUAAUGGUACUCUGGCAACAUAUAGUAUAACAUUUACCACAGUACAUGCGUUGUAUCGCGAACGUUAUGCUUUUCGUGAAAAUAUGUGUGAUGUUAUAAUACAACAUUUAAUAUCAGGUCAAAAGGUACGAAUCAAGUGCCGUGAUUUAGUACAAAAAAUUGCAAUAUAUCGUGAAAAAUUGGCGGUGCAAUUGCCUGAAAGAGUGGUGUUAUACGAAUUAAGUUCAGCGUUGGAACAGCCAAUGCAUUAUAAAGUGAAAGAGAAAAUCCAAAAGAAAUUCGAUUGUAGUCUGUUGGUGGUGUGUGCAAGACACAUUGUGCUAUGUAAUGAUCGGAGAUUACAGUGUUUGGAUUUCAAUGGCAUUCUGCAGCGAGAAUGGUUAAUGGAUGCUUUUAUACGUUAUAUAAAGGUUAUUGGAGGACCGGCUGGCAGAGAAGGUCUUAUGGUUGGUUUGAAAAAUGGCAAGGUUUAUCGGAUAUUUCUGGACAAUGCUCUGCCAUUGUUAAUAACCACAGCCAUAUCUGCGGUACGAUGUUUAGAUGUAAACGCAAAUCGUACAAAAAUUGCAGUAGUUGAUGAUGGUGGUCGUUUGGUGGUGCGUGACAUCAACAAUGAUGUCCUACUCUAUCAGGAUAGUGGUGUCAAUUCCGUCACGUGGAAUACUCAUUUAGAUACAAUGUUAUGUUAUACGCAUACAGCCGGUGGACUAUCAGUAAGAGUGGGGAAUUUGCCACCGCGAGCUCCACAACAUAUGUUGGGUGUGGUUGUGGGACUGUGUGGGGCCACGGCGUUCUGUUUAAGAGGAAAUGUUAUGCAUAAUGUACCUUUGGCAUUGGGAGCAACAAUGUGGCAAUUUAUAGAAUCGGGAUUAUUUGAGGAAGCCUAUCAAGUUGCCUGUUUGGGCAUCACAUCAGCCGACUGGGAAGGCUUGGCGAAAUCAGCCUUGGAAGCGUUACAUUUAAAUAUUGCCCGUGAUGCCUAUGUGAAAAUACGCAAUUUACCAUGGUUGCAGAAAAUCGACGAUUUAAUGGAAAAACAAAAACGCGGCCAAUUGCCCAAAGAAGUACUGCAAGCAGAGAUAUUUGCCUACAAUGGCAAAUAUAAAGAAGCGGCGCGAUUUUUCGAUAAAUGUAAUAUGCCACAGAGGGCAUUGGAAAUGUACAGUGAUUUGAGAAUGUUCGAUUUGGCACAAGAAUUCAUACGUGAUGGCAGUGCCGAAGAGAAAAAGGCAUUGGUACGUAAACGUGCCGAAUGGGCAUAUUCGGUCAAAGAACCGAGGGCAGCUGCCGAACUACUGUUGAGUGUUGGUGAUCAUCAAAAGGCAAUUGAAAUUGUUUCCGAACAAGGAUGGGCAGAUGUUCUUUACGAUAUUGGCCGACGUUUGAGUCAAAGUGAUAGAGAAUCUCUGGAAUUGGUUGCCACAAAUUUGAAACGUUUAAAAGCCUUGCCCUUGGCAGCUGAGGUCUUUAAAAAAUUGGGUAAUGAAGCUGAAGUUGUACAACUGCAUGUAGAGGCACGAGAUUGGUCGGAAGCCUUUCUAUUGGCAGCCGAUAUUCCUGAACUUUUACCCCAAGUACAUUAUCAGCAUGGUCAGUGGUUGGCAGAGAAUGAUAAAUUUAUUGAGGCCCAUGAAGCAUAUUUGAAAGCUGGACGUAUCAAAGAGGCAAAUCGUUUAUUGAAACACUUAAGCAGUUCUGCCAUAGAAGAAGAACGUUUCUUGGAUGCCAGUUAUUUUUAUUGGUUGUUAUCAAAGCAAUAUUUGGAUAUCUACUAUGACAAGGAAGAACAAAAUCCCAUAGAUUUCCAUUUAAAGGAAUACAAUUCACAUCUGCGUAUUGCUAAAAUUUAUUAUGCCUUUUCGGUAAUCUAUAAUUAUAUGAAAGAGCCCUUUACCACCUAUUCACCGGUGAGUUUGUUUAAUGUAUCUCGAUUUAUAUUAAAUGAGGUGGAAUAUAAAGGAGCCCCUAGAGGUGUUAGUAUGUUUGCUGUGCUCUUCACCCUGGCUAAACAGGCGAAAUUUUUGCAAGCUAAUAAACUCUGUUUGGUGGUCAAUAAAAGGCUACAAUCAUUGAAACCUCCAGCUGGUGUCCAGGAACAAAUUGAUAUAAACUAUUUAAAUAGUAAAGCAUGCAAAAGUGGUUUUAAUGAUCCCGAGGAAUUGUUGCCGUUAUGUUAUAAAUGUUCAAAUUAUAGUCAACAUUUAAAUGCCAAUUCUUGUCCCACAUGUAGACAAGAUUAUAUUUUCUCGUUUAUUUCGUUUGAAAUUUUACCUUUAGUGCAAUUUUAUCCAGAGAUGGAUAUAACCGAUCAAGAGGCUGAGAGACUUUUAAUGGCUCCACCUAAAAGUAAUGAGGAUCAAGAUCCUUUUAAUGAAGAUACUGCAAGUGCCUUACCUUCUUUAAGUUUAGACCGCAGUGCCUUGCGUGCUAUAGAUCCUAAUCAUGUUUUGAUUUUAAAACGUCGUUCCCAACCAAAUAGUAAAUUCAUAUUUUAUCGCAAUAUAUUACCUGAUCUCCAAGUCACCUAUUGUCCUGAAUGUUUACUGGUAUUCUAUGCAGAAGAUUUUGAAUUACAAGUUUUACAAAAAGGUCAUUGUCCUUUUUGUCGUACACCCGCCGAUAAACUAUUCGAAGAAUAUUGA